ACCUUUUCUCGACUGGAGAGGAAAUCGAUGGAGGGUUGGAAAGAGGGGUCCACCCAAGGACAUUACCCCACACACGUCACUGCUCAUCGGUCACAAGCAUCAAGGCAGCAAGAUAGUGAGUAGAGUAGAUAAUCACAUGUUUCCUGCAUCCUGCAAGACACAAUGGCCCCAUCGCAAAGCAGCAGUCCUCCUGCAUCAGUAUACGACAUGAGCGACGACGAGGAACGCGACUACAACAGCGUGCGUCGGCGAUCGUCGGCCUCGCGCGGCGUCAAGCUCCUCUACGCAAAGAGCAAGGUCUUUGUCCACCCAUCCGCCUCCUCCAAGGACAAUAUCGAUGGCUUCAUGGCCUUGUAUGAGCAAAAGUCUCCAUCCUCGUCAUCCGCGCCUUCCUCCUCGUCAGCCCAGAUCUCGUCCUCAUCACUCGUCCUCGGCUGGUCACCUGUCGCCUCCCUCCAGAGUCAGGGUCAGCUCGAGACUUACAACAAGGUCGACCUUGACGACAAGGACGCUCCUACACGAAACCUCGUCCCUCCUCCACCAAUCACUUCGGCCCACUCGACCACUCCGGGACCAUACCCAUUUGCUGUUCAAGCCAGCGAAAUUUACUCCAUCCAGAUCCGCCCACCCAGUGCUGGAUGGUGGUUCGGCAGUCUCGUCAUCAACACUCGCUCUGGUGACAGCUUCCCUGCCCUCUUCUUCCACGACAGUGAAUGUCAAUCCACAAUCAAUCAUCGCAAGAAGCUUGCCCGUGAGAACUUCGAUCCUUUCGGUGAGAGCGGUAACCUGUUUUGGGGUGGAGAUCAAGUCUUGGGAUGGCUGAAGAGACACCUCAACGUCGAGCGCUCUCCUGAGCCAAACAUUUUCCUUAUCGAGCCCUCAGAUGCCGACCGAACUGGCUUCGGCACAGACAAGUCUGGCAAGCCCACACCGGACAAGGUGCAACAAGCCCUGGAGGGUCCCAAUGCACAACCACAGAAGAAAAAGGAGGAUCCCGUCGCAAAGUUCUUCAAGGACUCUCGUUGGGCUGUGCUGGAAAAGCUCAGUCAGGUCACCACAUUCACCCGCCGUACUGCUCAGGCUGCUGCUGAUAACCCCAAACUGCCUCCUCAGCUGCGUCGCAUCAUGCAAAACCCUCAAGUCCAGACGGUCCAAGAAGAGUUUGAUAGUGCUCGUUUGUAUCUCGCAAGAUGGGCCAUGACCAUUGCCGAACAGAGUGAGCGCGAUAGGAGCCAGCGUAUCUACACUGCAAAGGACUUGCUCGAAAACGAGGAUACUGAACUGGGCGAGUUUGAGAUUCUGGACGUUGACAUGAGAAAUCUCGAACUGAAUGAGAAGAGAGAUCCUGUCACCAAGAAAGAGUGGAACGCCUUCUUCGAUUCUCAUGGUAGGCUUCACGUUACUCCAGACGAAGUCAAGGAGCGUGUCUUUCACGGAGGCCUCCACCCCGAUGACGGCGUCAGGAAAGAUGCCUGGCUCUUCUUGCUAGGUGUUCAUGACUGGAACAGUACCAAGGACGAACGCAAGGCUAAGAUGAAUAGUCUGAACGAUGAGUACAUUCGCCUCAAGGGUGCUUGGUGGGAUCGCAUGAUGGAUGAAGAUGGCACGCUGGAAGAACGAGAAUGGUGGAAGGAGCAGAAAAUGCGCAUAGAAAAGGAUGUUCACCGAACUGAUCGCAAUAUUCCCCUCUUCGCCGGAGAGGACAUUCCACAUCCAGAUCCGUCUUCGCCUUUUGCCGAAGUCGGCACAAACGUGCAUCUCGAGCAGAUGAAAGAUAUGCUACUGACUUACAAUGAGUACAACAAGGAUUUGGGCUAUGUCCAGGGCAUGAGUGAUUUGCUCGCUCCUAUCUAUGCAGUCACGCAAGAUGAUGCAGUCGCUUUCUGGGGCUUUGUAAACUUUAUGGAUCGCAUGGAACGAAACUUUCUCCGCGAUCAAAGCGGCAUGCGUCUCCAGCUUUCGACCCUCGAUCAUCUGGUCCAACUCCUCGACCCAAAACUUUAUCUGCAUCUCCAAUCCGUGGAUAGCACAAAUUUCUUCUUCUUCUUCCGCAUGCUGCUUGUAUGGUACAAGCGUGAAUUCGAAUACCCAGACGUUCUCCGCCUCUGGGAAGGACUUUGGACAGACUACCUAUCAGCAAACUUCCACCUCUUCAUCGCUGUUGCCAUAUUGGAGAAACAUCGCAAUGUUAUUAUGGAGCACCUCAAGGGGUUUGAUGAGGUGUUGAAGUAUGUGAAUGAGCUGAGCGGAACGAUUGAUUUGCCUUCUACACUCAUCAGAGCAGAAGCACUGUUUAAGCGUUUCCAGAGGACUGUGGAGGCGAUCGAUCGAAAAGAUCAUUUCCCUACACCGACGUUGAGGCAGAGGAAAGCUGCUGUGCCUGCUGGAGGGUCAUUGGACUCUGGACCGCAGGGACAUGAUGGGAAAACUGCCGCUUCUAGCUCGAGCGAUGCACAGACAGGUACCACUACUGCGGCACAAAAGGAGAGGAUCGUCAGUCCUGAGCUCAGAGCAUUACUCAGCAGAGAGUUUGUCCGAGUCGAGAAACCUGUCAAAGAUGCCGCGUGAAUAGUUUUGAGAUAGUUGUGCUUUUCGACACAUUGGCAUGCUGCUUUCUGGGCGCUUAGUACUGCGAGCGGGAGUUGGGGCUGGUCUUUUGGUGGAGCGGAUACGAUCAUUUCACGAAUACAUUCUUACUUCCAACCUUUCUUCUCGGGUUGGAAGCUUACUUUAGUCAACUAUGC